AUGAGUGCCACGACGAAGCCCGAUUUUGAUGUUGUCGCAACCUACCGGCGAAUCCUCCAAGAUGACCCUGAGCUUACCAUGCCCGUGGCUGCCAUUGAGGCACUCGUGGAAGCCAUUGCACAGAGUUCCGUGUCAACCGUCGCCGAGACUCUAGAUCUUCUUGAACGACAUACCGCGGCGCUCAAGGCCUCGAUCGCAAACCAUAUCUCACUAUCUGCCGGCACCGACCUGUUCCAGCGCUACCUGAUCACGACGCUCAACCGCCCCGCCAGCCUCAACCUCGGCCCAGACGACGACUUCCGCGCGAUACGGAACCACCUGCUCUCCAACGGAAAGCUGUUCGUCGACAGAGCAAAGCAGAGCAGAGAGAACAUCGCCCGCUUUGGCAAGGACUUUAUUCGCGACGGCAAAACGGUUCUUACAAAUGGUGGCUCGCGAGUAGUGGGUGCGCUGCUAAGAAGGGCGGCCGAGUCAAGCACCCUGCGCUUCAAGGUUAUAUACGUCCUGCCCUCUGCAAGCUCGCUCGAUUCGAAAGAAGCCCUACAGACUGUUGCCGACCUUCGCGCACACAACGUGCCGGUAGCCACAAUUCCAGACUCUGCAGUCGCAUACUCGUUGGGCAAGGUCGACAUGGUCAUUGUGGGAGCUGAAGGCGUUGUUAUGAACGGCGGUAUCAUCUCACGCUUGGGCACAUACCAGCUGAGCAUAUUGGCCAAGAGCAAGGGAAAGCCUUUCUACGUAGUCACUGAGAGUCACAAGUUUGUCAGGCUCUAUCCACUUAGCCAAUUUGACCUACCUAUUGAGCAGAAGGUUCUGGAUUUCAAGGUGGCAGAGGAGCCCCAAGGGGAGCAAAAGGCCAAGGGCGAGGAGCAACGCAAUGUCUUCGACGAGGCUAUUGCCGACAUGACGACAACACAAGGCUCGAAAGUGGCUCCGCUCGACGCCCAUGACGCUGUUGACUUCACGCCUCCCGAUCUGAUCUCUGGAAUCAUCACAGAGUCUGGCGUCCUCACGCCGCCUGCAGUUGCGGAGGAGCUGAUCAAGAUAUGGUUCUGA